AUCAGUCCUCGACAGAUCUUCUUCCUCUUCUUCUUCAGCUCCAGACAAGUGACAUCAUGGCCUUCAACAUCGCCUCUCGCGCGGCCAUGCCCGCUCUCCGCACGGCUGCUGCUGGUGCCGCUGCCCGCCCCGCGCUCGCAGCCACGAGCGGCCUGGCCAGGACGCAGAUGUUCCGUCGAGGGUAUGCCGAGGCCGUCUCGGACAAGCUCCAGCUGAGCCUUGUCCUUCCCCACGAGGCCCUGUACCAGGGCGAGGUCACGCAGGUCAACAUUGCCGCGACGUCGGGAGACAUGGGUAUCCUCGCCGCCCACGUUCCCAGCAUCGAGCAGCUCGCCCCUGGUCUUCUCGAGGUCGUCGAGCAGUCGGGCGUCAAGAAGUGGUUCGUCUCGGGCGGCUUUGCGACCGUCCACCCCAACAACAAGCUGACGAUCAACGCCAUUGAGGCUUACGACCUCGACAAGUUCUCGCCAGAGGCUGUUCGGUCCGCGCUCGCAGAGGCUCAGAGGGUCGCCUCGGGAUCGGGCUCGGCAGAGGACAAGGCAGAGGCCGAGAUCGAGGUCGAGGUGUACACUGCCCUCCAGUCCGCUCUCUCCAAGUAAAACCUUGCAACGUCUCGCUGGGCCGCUGUGAGGCAGCCACUAGAAUGAUGCGUGGAAACAGGACAAGGGAGAACGAGGGGUUUUAUAAUGAAAGGAAAUGAGAAUUCAUUAGAGCAUCGAGUGGGAGUGUGGCUGCCAACAUCUAUUGUCGAGAAGCAAUUGUUGGCUCCCAGGCGUU